UCUUUCUCUCAUCUUGCAUCCUCUUUUCUCUUAAAAGUAAAAUUUUGUUGCGAUGUACUCAGACUACACAGAAAAAAGAAAAAGAUGGUUUGUUUAAUGCAACUUGUGCCCACCAAUUUAGAGGCUCUAUAAAUAUACCUUUUCAUGUUGUUUAAUGCAACUUAUGCAUAAAUACUAAAGAUCAUCUUCCCUUCUCUGGAAAGUAAAUAAUACUGGUAAAUAAAUGAGGAUAAAAUUUGAACUAUAGUCCCAUAUUUUUUAAGUUUCAUUUUUUUGUGAUGUUGACCAGGCAUCAAUGCUUUGGAGGCAAAGAGUAAUGGCGAUAUCCUCAGAGUACCCUGAUGUUGAACUCUCCCACAUGUAUGUUGACAAUGCUGCAAUGCAGCUUGUUUGUAAUCCAAAACAGUUUGACACAAUCAUGACGAACAAUAUAUUUGGUGAUAUUUUAUCGGACGAGGCUUCAAUGAUCACAGGAAGCAUUGGGCUGCUUCCAUCUGCUAGUCUUGGUGAAGCGGGACCUGGAUUAUUUGAACCCAUACAUGGGUCUGCUCCUGAUAUUGCUGGACAGGAUAAAGCAAACCCUUUAGCAACAGUGCUCAGUGCUGCCAUGCUUUUGAAGUAUGGCUUAGGGGAAGAGAAGGCCUCUCAGAGAAUUGAGACUGCAGUGUUGGAUACUUUGAAUAGGGGCUUUCGCACUGGUGAUAUAUAUUCGGAAGGAAACAAAUUGGUUGGAUGCAAGGAGAUGGGCGAAGAGGUGCUGAAUUCGAUAAAUCCUAAAAUUCCAGCCGCUGUAUGAAUUGAAAUGAUUUUGAGAGCGACGCAUUUUUGGUGCUCGGUUGAAAUAUGCUACUUGGAUUUUGUUCCAGAUUAUAGCAAGAUUCUCAGAAGUUCCUCUUAUGUCUCAUCCUUUUGUUUCUGUCAAUUGUCUGCGGAAUUUUAGUAUUAUAAGGCCAGCAAUUUUAAGUGCUGUUUUUUUGGUUAUUGGUUUUGUCCUUGAAUAUAUAUUUAAAACCUUUAUUUGCUGGCAAGGGAUGUUGUAAUAUGGAAAUAAUAAUAUGCUAAGAUAAUUCGAAUU